AUGCUUGUUUGGAAUGUCCGGGGUUUGACGGACGAAUCUAAACAGCUGUUAAGGGAGCAUUGCCGCUCCUAUUCACCUAUCAUUUUGGGGAUUAUUGAACCAAAAUCCAACUUUCAUAAGACGCAGCCGGGUUUCUGGCAUUCUCUUAAUCUCUCUCCUCGUCACCAAAAUAGUCGGUUAUCUCGACGCUCGAAUAUUUGGUUUUUUGCUCAACCUUCUGUUGUUACUACUAUUUGCUUUUCUUCGGAACAGGUGAUUGUUGCGGAGUGCUCCUGGCAGAAUAUUUUGUUUCGGGUGGCUAUCAUCCACGGUGCCAACGACCCGAUCCUCAGAAGAGAUCUUUGGAGAGAUCUUUUGCAGUUCAUUGAUGGCAAUACGGUGUUUAUGGGAGACUUCAAUGCCAUCAAGGGCGCUCAUGAGCGUCUAAGCGCCGUUACGCCUGCUAGGGGACCUUGUUUGGAGUUCUGUGAUUUUAUCAAUUCUACGGGUUUCAUCGAGCCGGCUUCCUCUGGGCUGUUUUACACUUGGGCUGGGCAUCGGUUUCCAGAACAUGUUGAGUCCUUGCUUGAUAGAGCCCUGGUCUCGAAUUCCUUUGUCGAUCUAUGGAGUGGCGUCAGCACGCAGGUGCUGCCCAGGGUAACUUCUGAUCACUCCCCCGUGGUUUUUAUUUGCCGGCCGAGAGCAGCUCAGAGAAAGAGGUCUUUUCGUUUUCUCAAUAUGUGGAUCGAUCACCCGGAUUUCUUGACGGUGGUGCGUGAUUCUUGGGAAGAGGCGGUGCCCACGCCGUGUCCGAUUAUCAAGGUGAUGCUUAAACUGAAACGUUUGAAAGGGAAACUUCGGGAUUGGAAUAGGAAUGGGUUUGGUAAUAUUGAUGAUCAGCUUGCUACUUUACAGCAGGAGCUUGCUGUUAUUCAGGACAAUAUUGCCGCGAAUGGUUAUAAUGAGGAUAAUUUUAAUGAGGAGGUCUCGAAGCAGGCGGCCAUUACAACCAUUCUUAAUCGCAAAAAUACUCAUUUACAGCAAAUGAGCAGAAUUUCUUGGUUGAAAGAUGGAGAUCGUAAUACGAAGUUCUUUCACAGAAUGCUACGUUUUAGAAAUUCUUGUUCGCCUAUUGGGCAUCUUAAUAUUGGAGGGGUUAUUUCUUAUGAUCAGAAAGCCAUCGAGCAACACAUUAUUGAGCAUUUCACUACUCUCUUCUCUCAGGAUACGAGGCAAAAUGUGGAGAUUGUGGAGUUGGAAGCUAUUAUUGAUAUGCAGGUUACUAUUGAGCAGAAUAAGGAUCUCACGGCGAUUCCUUCUGAGCUGGAAAUUGCUGCGACGGUCAUGGGAAUGGAGGCUAAUAGUGCGCCCGGUCCAGAUGGUUUCUCGGGUAUUUUUUAUCGACAUUGCUGGAACAUUGUUAAGCUCGAUAUCAUUAGGGCUGUUCGGGGGUUCUUCCUGAACUCUUAUCUCCCCCAUGGAUGUAAUGCCAACACUCUGGUCCUUAUUCCUAAAACCGACACGAUCUCUUCGGUCUCUGAUCUCAGGCCGAUUAUUCUUUCGAAUUUCUUUUUCAAGAUUAUUUCCAAGAUCUUGGCGGUCAGGUUAAAUAAAAUAGCUGCGGCUACGGUCUCUCAUAAUCAGUUCGGUUUUAUCAGCGGGCGCUCCAUUCAUGACUGCAUUAUGCUUGGCUCCGAGGGGUUCAAUUGUAUGAACCGCACCAAUCACGGUUCUAAUAUGGCCUGCAAAAUCGACAUCAAGAAAGCCUUUGACACGAUGAGUUGGGAUUUCAUCUUCAAGGUUCUUAGAGUUAUGGGUUUUCAGGACACGUUCAUCUCUUGGAUCUCCCUUAUUUUUCAUUCCGCCAGGAUCUCCAUUCUCUACAACGGUAGGCUCAGCGGCUAUUUCCCCUGCACCCGUGGGGUAAGGCAAGGAGACCCGCUUUCUCCCAUUAUUUUUGGCAUAGCGGAAGAUGUGCUCAGUCAUUUAAUUAUUAACUGCGUUACCUCGAGACAUCUCAUCCCUAUGAGUUUCAGCCGGAGCAUGAAUUUUCCUACACACUUGCUUUACGCUGAUGAUGUGUUGCUUUUCUGUAAAGCUUCACGCCGUAAUGCGAAGAAGAUUAAACAUAUUCUGGAGUACUAUGCUUCGAUUUCUGGCCAGGUUUGCAGUUUGGAAAAAUCGCGAAUUUAUUUCUCGAAGGGCGUUACCACUCCUAUGAAAAGAGGCAUAAGCCAAGUUCUGGGUUUUACGCAGGGUGGAGAUAGAGUGCUUUACUUAGGUUCUCCUCUUUUUGUUGGGAGACCGAAGGCGUCUCAUUUGAUUGACAUCAAGGAUCGUAUUGUGCAGAAGUUCUCUAGAUGGGCGGGUCUUAACCUCUCUAUGGCUGGUCGCCUCUGCCUUGUUAAUUCGGUUAUUCAAAGUUCCAUCAUUCACACCAUGAUGGUCUUCCGUUGGCCAAAGUCUCUUCUUUAUGAUUUGGAUCGCAGCUGCAGAAAUUUUAUCUGGACGGGGAAAACGGAUUUAAAGCCUUCGUGCGCUGUUAAAUGGAGUAGAUGUUGCACUAUUAAAGAAGAGGGAGGCCUUGGAAUUCGCUCGUUUACUAUAAUGAAUAAAAGUUAUCUUAUGCGGAUGGCGUGGAAGCUCAUUAAAGGGGAGGAGUUCCCACACCGGCUGAUGAGGUCGAGAUAUUUGGACAAGUUUGGGCACGCCAAAAAACAUGUGGCUAAUUCUUCGGUCUGGGUUGGCUUGAAACAUGAGGUGGAUGGUCUGGUGAACCACUCUUUUGCGGAGAUUGGAGAUGGCGUCAAUACUUUAUUUUGGACGGAUGAUUGGUUGGGCUACAGGCUGUGUGAUCGGCUUUCGGUUCCUUCUUACCUUCAUGGGCUUCUUACGUAUUCGGUGGCAGAUUAUUACUUUGAUGAUUGUUGGCAUUUUUCUGAAAAUUUUGUGCUGAACUUCCCGGAGAUUGUGUGUGAUAUUCUUAUUCUCCCGAUGACCUCGGGACCGGAUACGAGGUUUUGGAAACCGUCCCUUAGUGGCAAUGUUACUUCUGCUCUUGCAUUUGCUAAUAGUUGUCAUAAAUUCCCUAAAGUGUCUUGGGGCAAAUGGAUCUGGGAUGCGGCGAUUCCUGUGAGAAGAUCGUUAGUUUGUUGGCGGAUAAUUCACGAUCGCAUCCCGACCAUGGAUCGCUUGAUUCGUCAAGGCUUGGUUGCACCCAAUGUUUGCCCGAUUUGUUGGAAUGACGCGGAGACUAUUUCACACACUUUUUGGGAGUGUAGAGAGGUUCAUCAGAUCUGGGAGGUUUUUUUGGGUUGGUUUGGGCAGUCCAUGCUGUUAAAUUGCUUAGAUAUCACUAGUUUCCUUGCCAUGGCUUGGAAUGUUCCUUUCAGUUCGCUGCUUCAUCGUCUGUGGAAGGUGGGAAUUAUAAGUCUGCUUUGGAUUAUUUGGCAAAGUCGUAACAAUGCUAUCUUCGAUGACAAGCCUUUUUCAAGAAUUGGAGUUUUAGCGACGCUCAAAAUCUUCUUCAAAGAGACUAAUGAGGUUUCGAAUCUUGGCAGCAUGUCUAAUGAUUGGACGGAUUAUCUCACUAUUAGAGCGGUUGGGGUCAAAUCUAGAUGUGCUCCACCCCCGGAUUACAUCUCGGUGCACUGGUGGCCUCCGGAUAUUAAUUGGAUGAAGGUUAACACCGAUGGGUCGGCGACGGGGGCGCCGGGUUUAAUUGCUGCUGGAGGUGUUUUCCGUGAUCAUACGGCUACGGUUUGCGGGUGUUUCCACAUUAAGGGAGGUUCUGGUUUUGCUCUGGAAGCUGAGCUGUUAGCGGUAGUCACGGCAAUCGCCAUCGCUCGCUGUCGCGGUUGGAAUCGCCUUUGGCUGGAGGCUGAUUCCACCUAUGUGGUGAAUCUGCUCAUGCGUCGUUCUUUGGAUGUGCCGUGGAGAUUUAUGGCGUGCUGGAAGGCGACGCUCAAGCGCCUCACGGAGAUGGAUUUUCGGAUUUCCCAUAUUUACCGGGAGGGGAACGCGGCUGCUGAUCUUAUGGCGCACCCGUCCCGUACGGAAGGAUGGUGGCCUGGGGUGAUUGGGGACAUUCAAGAGGCUGUGACUAUGGACAUGGCUACGCACAGUCACCGGCGUCGUGUUUAG